AUGGAGGAAUAUGGUAUUCAAUGGGAUUUCACACGGUAUAAUCGAUCUUCUGAUAAAAAGAAGGUUAAGUAUCGUGUUGCUACAGCAUAUGACAUUAAAAUAUUUAAACAAUGUCCAGUUUUGUCCCUAUUGAAUCUCAAAAAUGAUCAAUCAUACUAUAAAAAUAUGAGAUCGAUUGUAGAAUCUAUAUCAGGUAAGAAUUUCCCUGAUCCUCAAAACCAAAAGUCAGCAUUUUUAUCAAAAAUUAAGGCAAAUAAAAAAAUAUUGACGCCUGAAACGCCAGAGGAAGUGAUGGAUCACAUAAGCCUGCUUCCCAAUACAUUCGAUAUUUAUCAAUACAUGUAUAAUUUUCAAGAAAGUUUACAAAAACCCCAACUUUUUUUUGAGACAACGAAAUUAGUAAUCAAUAGCAAAAAAAUUGUGCACAACAUAGAAUUAUACGAACAAUUAUUUGUACACCUCUCGCCAUUUUUACUUCAAUUCAAAUCCAACCCUGAUUAUCAUAUCUUUGAACAGCAAUGCAUUAUCAUGAGCCUUUUUGAAGCAAUUGUGCUUAGUUAUCCCAUAGAAUUAAAGCAAUACGCCGCAUUUGUAGAGAGAGUAAUCAAUUGCUUUAUAAAUUUAAUUAUUCAUUCCCGCGAAAGUAUACAAAUGUGUGCAUGGAGAUACCUCACAUUUAUCGUAAAAGUAGCUGUAUUCCGUGUUAGUGAACCUGUUGCUGUUAGUUUAGUGGAAAAUAUCGUUACAAAGAUUAUUCACAUACCGCAGAUUCAUCAGAUGCUUUACCACUUACUAGUUACGAUGAAAGAUGUCUUUUUUCUCCCUGUCAUUUACUUUUCUUCUCAAAUUUUGAAAAGAGUUGAAUUUGAUCAGCGAGAUUUGCAAAAUAUCAUGAAUGUUUGCAGGAAGAACCCAAGGAUCAGACGUCCUUUUCCUAUCAUACGAUAUAUGCUGCAACAUUCCAUUUAUCCGUCUGAAAAAACUUCAAUUUGUUUUUUGAUCUUGAGUGAAAACAAAAGAUACUUCAAGACAUGCAAGUUUUUGGUCAGAUGGUCGAGAGUAUAUAUAAAAAGAACCUUCCAAUGGCUUGUAAUCGCUAGAAAAGCAAAUAGAUAUUAUCAUUUUCGCAGAUACGUUGCUUACAACCUUUGGAAGCUCUACAACCUCAAUAUACCUAAUAUAUCUGAAUCUAUUGAGGUUGCUGCAUCUUCUCUUUUGUAUUUUUACCCAAAUUUUCCGGAUGUGGCCGGAUAUUUCCAGAUUUCCACAAUUGAGCCUGAGUUCCAAGAAGAAUUCAAAUAUCUAUGCUAUAACAUGGAUAAUUUGAAAUUUCAAUUAUUAUAUCCGGCUGGUUGCUUCAAACCACGUGAAGAAGUUGACAACAAGCCGCAACAGACUCCCGAGGGUUCCGAUGAUGAAAAUAAUGACAACUAUGAUCAGAAUCAUAAUUCUCAGUAUAAAGUUGAUGGAAACUUGGAUUCAGACGAAUUAAAUGAAGAAAAUGAACUUAUAGAGAACUAUGUUCAAUUUGAAUUCCCUCCUGUUGAGUAUUCCUCUGUAAAUUCGACCAAAUCUUUUACGAAGAAGAGUAACAUCAGAAAGCGCCCUGCCACUUAUGUGCCAUUUUUGAUAUUGGUCAUUGCAAUGUUCUCCUAUUUCGUUUGGUUUGCUUAUUUUCAAUAUGCAAAGUAUUAA